AUGGGCUUUUACUACUCCCAGUUCCUCGUCACACCGAGCUACCCAACGCAGUCGUUUCUGGGCCAGACUGUAAUCGUGACAGGAGCCAAUGUCGGCCUGGGCUUCGAAGCUGCUCGGCACUUUAUCCGACUCCAGGCGGCGACGGUGAUCCUAGCCGUCAGAAAUGUGGUCGCAGGGGAGGAGGCAAAGCGAAAACUGGAAUUAUCAACUGACAGAGCCGGAGUGUGUGAGGUCUGGGAGUUAGACCUCGCCUCCUAUGCCUCUGUCCAAGCAUUCGCUCGCAAAGCUGCUGCCCAGUUACCUCGGCUCGACGUCCUAGUCUCGAAUGCUGCUCUUGCGACCACCACCUUCAGCCUGGCCGAGGGCCAUGAACGGACCAUCACUGUGAACGUAACAAGCACCAUCCUUCUUGCCUUGCUGCUGCUCCCCAAGUUACGAGAGUCUGCCACGAAGCACCCGGACGCUCCCUGUCCGCGGCUGACAUUUGUGGUCAGUGAGACUCAUGCGUGGACCCCGUUUCCCGAGUACAAGGCGGCAAACACGUUCGAAAGGCUCGAUGACUGGUCGACGGCGGACAUGGGCAACCGAUACGCCAGCUCCAAACUGAUGGAGAUUCUGAUCCUUCGGGAGAUGGCGGACCGGACGUCGGAUGCCGAGCCGCAGGUCGUGGUGAACAUGGUCAAUCCAGGCCUGUGUCAUUCAGGUCUCGCUCGGGAAUUUGGCUGGGGCUUCUGGGUGUUCAAACAGCUGGUUGCUCGCUCCACGGAGGUGGGAAGCCGAACGUUGUUGGCCGGAGCAUCUGCCGGCGCUGAGAGCCACGCCAAGUACAUGACCGAUGGCAAAGUCGAUGAUGGCGCCUUGUCCGGCUUUGUGCGCAGCCCAGAGGGAAAGACGGCACAGCAGAAGCUCUGGACAGAGCUCACUACCAUCCUGGAGGGCAUUGACUCUACAAUCAUGCAGAAUCUGUAG